GUCUCUUGUCGGUCUGUUCUCUCUCAUCCCCCCCUUUUGACGAUGAAUGACAUGCCGUGUUAUUCCACCAGCCUGCAAUCUCUUCUCGGCCCUCUCUCUCGCACGCGCAUCUUUCUUGGGCGGGAUGUCUGACCUUUUUCGCAGUGAUGUAAUCGUGAGUGGGCUUUUUUUCUUCCCCCGUGUGACAAGCCAUGUCUGGCGCCGCCACGGCGAGAUGCCCAAUAUCCGGGACCAGAGACCAAGUGUCUCACACAUGCUUAAAUGAAGUCUCUUUCUAAGGAAGCUGUCUAUUUCC